AUGGGUUGCGUGAGCUCGAAGCAAGCAGUGUCGGUGACGCCUGCGUUCGACCACUCGGGCGCGUUCAGGGACAAUGUGGGGAAUUCGGGUAGAAGUCGGGUCGGGUUGGGGGAGGUGGAGAAGAAGAGUAAGAAGGGCGCUGAGUUGAGUGGGAGCGAGUUGGGUGAGUCGGGAAGAGCGAGUUCAAAUGGUGGCUGCGGUGGUAAUUAUCAUAAGAGUAACAAUAGUUAUUGCGAGUCUUUGAGUUUCAGACUGAGUAAUCUGCAGAAGUAUGUGGAGGGUGAGCAGGUGGCCGCCGGCUGGCCGGCUUGGCUCAGCGCCGUCGCCGGUGAAGCCAUUCAAGGUUGGGUCCCACUCCGCGCCGAUGCCUAUGAGAAAUUAGAGAAGAUUGGACAGGGUACGUAUAGUAGUGUGUUCCGAGCACGGGACCUCGAAACUGGGAAGAUAGUUGCCUUGAAGAAGGUGCGGUUUGACAAUUUUGAGCCGGAAAGCGUCAGGUUUAUGGCACGAGAAAUCUUGAUUCUUAGAAGGCUCGACCAUCCAAAUGUCAUUAAAUUGGAGGGCUUAAUUACUUCCCGAUUAUCAUGUAGCAUAUACCUUGUGUUCGAGUACAUGGAACAUGACAUUACGGGACUCUUGUCUAAUCCUGACAUCAAGUUCAGUGAGGCACAGAUUAAAUGUUACUUGAAGCAGCUGUUAUCUGGACUUGAGCAUUGUCACUCGCGGGGUGUAAUGCAUCGGGACAUAAAAGGAUCAAAUCUUCUGGUGAGCAAUGAUGGAAUUUUGAAGGUGGCGGAUUUUGGAUUGGCAAACUUCUGUAAUUCUGGGCAGAGGCAACCCCUAACCAGUCGUGUUGUCACUCUAUGGUAUCGUCCUCCUGAACUUUUGCUUGGAUCGACAGAUUAUGGAGCUUCUAUAGAUCUUUGGAGUGUUGGCUGUGCAUUUGCAGAGCUACUAAUUGGGAAACCUGUUCUUCAAGGGAGGACUGAGGUUGAACAAUUACACAAGAUUUUCAAGCUUUGUGGCUCCCCACCAGAUGAUUACUGGAAAAAGUCCAAACUUCCUCAUGCAACUCUAUUUAAGCCACAACAACCUUAUGAUAGUUCUCUGCGGCAGACCUUUAAAGAUCUGCCUACAACCACUUUGAACCUACUAGAGACUCUUCUUUCUGUAGAACCACACAAGCGUGGGACUGCCUCCUCUGCUCUUGCAUCCGAGUAUUUUAAAAUGAAGCCUUAUGCAUGUGAUCCAUCAAGCUUGCCAAUAUACCCACCUAGCAAAGAGAUUGAUGCGAAAAACCGAGAGGAGGCAAAGAGAAAAAAGAUUGGAGGGCGAGUUCGUGGAUCCGAAACAAGAAAGCAAACAAGAAAAUCACUUGGAUGUAGUAAAUUAGCACCAGCAGAGGACUUAGCAGUCCAGUCUCAAGUUUCAUAUAAAAUCAAUGGUAGUAAUGGAAAUAUUCUUAAGGAAGAAAAUGCUAUCACAGGCAGGGAGUUGCCAAAGCCAUCAGCUGGUAAAGUAGAAGAGUCUUCGCAUGUAAAGAAUGCAUCUCAAGGUGACAUUCCCUUCUCUGGUCCGUUAGAGGUUUCUACAUCAAGUGGUUUUGCAUGGGCAAAAAGGCGAAAAGAUGAUGCUUCCAUAAGAUCUCAUACUCGAUCUAUUUCAAGAGGACACAUUUUUAAUUCAAUAGAACCUCCGAUCGCAGUGCAUACAAGAAAUAACUUUGACUCAAGAAGGCAUGAAAAUGGGGAGCUCAAGUACAGGGUGCGCACUGACUCUAGAGGGCAUGAUUCAUACGAGAUAGCAAAGCUCACAAUGAUGAAACAAUGGGGCAAGCUUGAGCAUCCAGAUUCCUUUGAUGCUUCGGAUGGGUACCACUCACAGGAAUUAUCAUUGGCACUUUAUCAAAGAGAGGAAAUGGCAGCUAAAAGUGAUCUGGGUUUUCAACUUCAAGAUCAAGGAGACAAAGUUGAAUUUUCCGGACCAUUGUUGUCUCAACCAUAUAGGGUUGAUGAACUUUUAGAAAGACAUGAGCGCCACAUCAGAAGGACAACCCGGAACUCAUGGUUCCAUAGAGGUAAGAAGCAGGGGAAGUAA